GACAUAAAUGAAAAUAGUAUUUGAUAGUGCGCCUAUAUGACUGAAAGGUAUAAGUAGAGCCAUAGAAAAAACAAAUGAAGAUCUUUUUCCUUACAGAAUUUUCAAUCUCUCCCAAAUAAGCUCAGAUUUUAGUCAUGGCCCAUCACGCUAUCCCCCGUGAAACAAGUUCACCUCCGAAAAAUGGAAGUCAUUUUGAUUUCGUUAUCAUGGGAGGAGGAACGGCAGGAAAUGUGAUCGCGGGUAGAUUAGCCGAAAAUCCAAACGUUUCAAUUUUAAUUUUGGAAGCAGGAAUUGCUGAUUCGAUCAAUAAUGAAGAUAUUCGAACUCCAGCAGUUGCGAUGAAUUUACGUGGUGGACAACAUGAUUGGCAAUAUUUGGCAAAAUUUGUUGACAGACCAGAAUAUUCAAAAAUUGAAAAAGAAGAUACACGUGGUCGUGCGCUUGGAGGAAGUUCUUCUUUAAACUAUUUCACUUGGUUGAGUGGUUGCAAACCAACUUUUGAUGAAUGGGAAGAAUUCGGCGGAAGCGACUGGAACUGGGACAAGUUACUUCCUUAUCUUCAAAAGUCAGUCACCUACCAUGAUGAUGAAGGUUUAUAUCCAAAGGACUUUGCACAAAAGAUUGGAACAAAAGGUCCCCUUCCAAUUUCUCAUGCUGAAUUGGUUAAAGAAUCUGCACCUUUUCGCGAAAAGUUAAUCACUGCAUGGAAAAACACAGGCCGUGAAAUCACCGAAAACGUAUUUGAAGGUCAAUUGAGCGGAAUGACUCAUUGCGUUGCAACGAUUUACCAUGGUCGUCGUUCAGGCUCUUUCCUUUUCACGCAUGAUAAGCCAAAUGUUACAAUCGUUGGAAAUGUCCGAUCAAAAAAGAUUAUUAUCGAGAAAGCCGGCAAAGUCGCAAAAGGUGUUACCGUCAUCGAUGGUCACGGUCAAGAGCUCAGCUACUUUGCUGACCGUGAGGUAAUUGUUUCUCAAGGUGUUUUCGAGACUCCAAAAUUACUCAUGCUAUCAGGAAUUGGCCCAAUUGAUCAAUUGAAAAAGUUCAACAUUGAUGUCAUUCAACAAUCAGAACAUGUUGGUCAGCAUUUGUUGGAUCAUCCUGCUGUUCCUUUCGUUUUAAAGAUCAAAGAAGGCUAUGGACUCGACCCUUACCUUUUACAUCAAGGCAAAAAGCAUGAUGAUGCCGUAAAGCUUUACCAUAACAAAAAGGGUACAGGCAAAAGAGGUCCUAUGGGAUCAGGUUUAUUGGAAUUGGUUGGCUUUCCUCGUAUUGAUGAAUAUUUGGAACGGGAUGAGACAUAUCGUAAGGCGAAAGCAGCAAAUGGAGGAAAAGAUCCCUUCUGUCCAAAAGGUCAACCUCAUUUCGAACUUGAUUUUCUCAAUUUGUUUGGACCUGCUUUCCAAUGGCACUAUUCUAACCCGAUCCCACAAGGAGAGCAUAUCUCAGUUGUUGUGGAUUUAGUACGUCCGCUAUCUUGCUUGGACGGCGGUGAAGUUACAUUGAGAUCAGAUGAUCUUUUCUUCCCACCAAACAUCAACUUAAAUUUCUUUUCUAACGAUUUGGAUAUAAUCGGAAUGAGAGAAGGCGUUCGAUUCACGUAUGACCUUUUAACAAAGGUCGAAGGUUUCAAAGAUAUUGUGGAGGCUGAAUAUCCAUGGAACAUGCCUUUAGAUGAUGACAAAGCCAUGCACAAAGCAAUAUUAGAUCGUUGCCAAACUGCUUUCCAUCCUUGUGGAACUGCAAGAAUUGGUAAAACGAUCGAUCAAGGAGCUGUUGAUCCUCAAUUGAAAGUUCAUGGGGUCAAGAACCUACGUGCAAUUGAUGCUUCGAAUAUUCCAAUCAUUCCUGAUUGUCGUAUUCAAAACGCAGUCUAUGCAGUUGCCGAAAAGGGUGCAGAUUAUAUUAAAGCAACUCACAAAGAUCUGUACAAGUGAUAUCAUCCUUACAAGUUCCCGAAUUUUCUCACAAUUUCGAUUUUAAGUAAAUGUCUUCAAUUCAAUCAA